AUGGGUGCCGUCGUCAGUUGCAUACAGGGCAUGCUGCAGGCCAUUGGGGCCGGCAUCAUGGCCGUUAUCCGAGGCAUUGGAGCUAUCAUCACUGGCAUUGUCAAUGCUAUCGUGUCAUUUUUCGGCGUUCUCAUCUCAUGCCUUACCUGCGGCCGCGGUGGCGGCGGUAGGCGGAGAACGACAACGACGAGAAGUCGAGUAUGA